AGAAUUAAUUUAUCUGAGUGGUUGAUUGUUUUAAUUAAUAGUUACUACAAAUAUCUUGCAAGUAAUUAGUGAACAGUUAAGUAUGAUAACUCCAAGAAUUAAAGUUUGGAAUGAGCAAAUCUUACAAAAAUGUUGUUUUAAAGUUAGCCUAAGAAUAUUGUUACGCUAGGCCUAUUCAUAAACUUCCAAUACCAAGGUAUGAACAUAACUCCAAAUAGUUUUCUUGUGUUUUUAUGUUUUUCUAGACAAACAUGUUGGCAUAAGUCUUUGUUUAUAAGAAGCAACAUACUACCUAUUUCUAACAAAGCUUAUGUAUAAUGCUCCUUUUCACUUGAGCUUGAGUAAUUACAGCACAAUGUUUUAUUGCAUGACUAGCUACAAGCUUAUUACCACUUUUAAAUAAUGGGUUCCCGUGUGUACGAUAUAAAGAAGAAGUUUGAAGGUUUGACAGAUGCAUCUAAAGAACAAAAAAUUGCUACCUCUGUGGUAAGGUCUAAUCAAGAAAAUGAUUCAAACUGGAUAGCAAAACAAACUUUUGAAAACACAAACAACAGGUCGUCGACAAGAGGGCUGAUAAAACGAUCGCAUGCCUUCCGGUCUGAUAAAAUUAACCGCAAUUUAAACUGCAAUGAUAGUUUGGAUUGUCCUGACAAAUGUUUGUCUCAACUUGGGCCAUCAACAAACUAUGGGAGGAGUACUAGCAAUACCUUUAUUUCCAUUAAAGCUGAUGAGUCCUCAAAAAUAGACUUUAAUUCCAGCAAACCAACAGCAAAAUUUACACCAAAGGCUUUCAAGCUUGAUGUUGAUUCUACAGAUCCUUCAAUGAAACAGGGUUCUCCCCAAACCAAAACCAAUUGUUCUGCACACAAUAUUGUUAACAUUAAUUCCCACACUAAGGAUGAUAUAUUGAAUGAAAGGAACGAUUCAAAAUCAAUUAUUAAAAACACUCAGCCAGGUAAAAAACAUAUCACAGAUGUUUCAAAUAUCACUGUCAGCAACCUUGACGAGUCUGGCAAAGUUGAUGAUAAAUUAUCAAGCACCCUUAAAAAGGUGUUAAAAACACCCUUACCUCCAGGACCACCUCCCAAAAAGCCUCCUCGCACGUUUGCUCAUUUUACAGAAAGAUCUUGUGACAUAAAUAGUGGAACCUCUUCAAUUAGGCUAUCUACAGAUGACAUUAAUUUAGAUCUUGGUAAAAUUGAUUCAUCAUGCACAUUAAAACCUAUACGAUCUAAAACUGAGUCUCAAAUUAUGCUAAAAAAACUUGAAAUGGCUUUACACAAUCAUAAAACACAGGGAAAAAUUCUUGAACCGAAAUCUGAGAAAAAACAACUUUCACUAAGUAAAGAAUCAAUGAACAGUAAUAGUAAAACGUCUCUCAAUUUAAAAACUACAGCUCACUCUCAUUCUCCGGCUGUACGUAAAACAUCAUUGCCAGACUCUCCGCAUGAUAAAACUAGCUCAAAUGAUGGAUGUUUUGGAGUUCUAUCUUGUUCUAAUUCCAUGGACUUCUUGAAAACAUCACAUAUUUAUGACACUCCACUAGAACGGAAAUCAAAAUUUUAUUUGGAAGAUUUAGCUCGAAACAAGGUUGCCCCAGCUCUAACUUCAAUUGAAAAUGGUUUUCAGAAUAGCUCGUCCCUAUAUGGACAAAUCAAAUUGAGUGAUACUGCGGAACCAGUCUAUGCAAAACCUUUGUUGAAAAAUCGUGUAAGGAAUUUAAAAUGUGAUAAGGGACCUUCAGUUUUACAAAUUGUAAAGAGCCUGAAUUCUAAUGAAAAGCUUGAUUUAAAAAAAGUUAGAGGCACAAAUUUUGAUUCUAAGAAGACUCAACCUCUUCAUUACAUGUCUUCUCCGGUCUGGGAGAAAGUGCCUUUGCUGCAAAGUCCAACCCAAACUCCGUCUCCUGAAAAAAGUCUUGUCGCUCAAAAGAGAUUGUUUGAAAAAAGUGGAGCAAAAAGUUUUCCUUCUAGAAGUCUGAGUUUGGACAUUGACAAUACACACACUAGGAACUCGUCUGCUAGAAGUUACAGCCUAGACUUUUCUCAUGGAGACCUCAACAUUGAAAACCAGAAGAUUCAAAAAAUGGUAAACGAGGUUUACAGCAAAUGCCUCGCAAUGCCUCAAGACAGUGAUUCGGAAUCUGUCGCCUCCACACCAGACGACUCUUGUCCUCCCAAAAUAUCUUCACCAGAAGAAGCUCAAAAGCACCGUCAACAGAGGACUGCUGAGCGCAAGACUUAUCUGAAACGAGUGUGCAGCCGAGCACGCUCAUUCCACCGCCCGUCCAUAGUACCAGAAUCUCACCUGUUUGAGUAUUUACUUCUCGUAGGCCUCAACCUCAACUCUUCUCGCUGUAAAGUGCCUUAUAUAAAAGCCAGAUAUCCAGCAGAUGUGGAGGUGCCAGGAGGGAUAGAAUAUCUGUGUUUCCCUGAUGCCGAGGACUGGCCGCCCCAGGCUGGUGUAGAAGACGAUUCUAGCCGCUGUUACUGUGUGGUCAUCACUCACUCUAGUGGCACACGCAAAUACGGCUACUGUCGCAGAGUACAGCCUGAGGGAGCCCCCAUCUGUCUGCCUCUAGCAUAUUGUAUUGUCAGCCCUUACAAGGCAAACUACUACUUCUCUCAGGUCCUAAAAGAGUUGGAGUCGCGGCACGGACAGCCUGAGCAAGAGUUGUCCUCAUUCAUACACGAGCUGUACGAGUGUCCGUUCCCAGCGCCUGGGCAGGGGCUGCGUGUCACACAACCUAUUACUAGAGACAAAGUUGAGAUCCUACCGAGGAAGCUGGACCCUAGGCAAGAGGAAACAGACAUCGCAAGAUUGCUGAACCUAGUUCGCCACUCUGUCUUCAUACAGCUCUUCUCCACUCUGCUUCUAGAGCGUAAAGUGAUCCUGCUAAGCUACUCAAUCAGCAAGCUGUCCACGUGUUUCGAAGGUCUUUGCGCUGCUCUGUAUCCGUUCCAUUGGCAGCACACAUUGGUUCCUAUAGUACCAGGCAACAUGCUAGAUGUGUGCCAGGCACCUACACCGUACGUGGUCGGGUUACUCAAGCAAAGAGAUGUUAAUGCACCACAUCCUGUUGUGUUUUCUAUGAUUGAUCAGGUGUUGGUGGUUGACGUAGACGAGAGUAAGGUACUGCAGAGUUGUGGAGAUGAGAGUACAGUGUUGCCACCCAAGCUGAGCCGUGGACUGCGGGAAGCGCUGUUGUGUGCCGUACCUGACAAGAACUCUCCGCUGUCACCUGCGCACAACCUGGUCGCGUCUGAAGCACUCAUUGCGCUGUUUGUACAACUCAUCGGCCACUACAGGGAUCACAUCAUUACCUCGUCUGGCACCGGCCACCGCGAGUUUCAGAGGGAGGCAUUUGUCAAGAGUGUGUCGUCAAGCACUGUCCAGAGCUUCCUUGAUUGGUUCACUGAAACGACCAUGUUCACGGCUUUCAUAGAAUCUCGAUUAGAUCGCUCCGUUGAACCCUAUGGUUUGUUUGAACAGAGAUGUGUAGAACAUCUGACACAACAGCAAGCUAUGUCUUCCAAAGGCUACAGAGCAAACAUUAACAAGACCGUAAAGAGCUUUGGCGAUCGGUUCAAAGAAUGGACCAACUCUUCGUAGUCUUCAAGCGUCUGACAGCUGGAAACCUAGUCAUCUAGUCACUUUUGUAAAAACACAUUCCAACAAGUCCACCUGCUUGAGAAGUUUGUAGAGGAACGUUAGAUCUUUGAUAAUAUGAUAUUUUAUCGUAAUUUUAAUUAUAUUCUUUUCCAAUAGAAAUAAGGGUAACUAAGGGAUCAUUUUUGUAUUGUUACAACAAUACAUUAUAGUUAUCAGUGCCAUUUUUAAAGAUUUGCAAAGAAUUUUCAAUACAACACAAGGAAUUGAAAUACUUAAACCAUAACUAUAGUUUCCUAUUUUAUUAUAGGCUACAAACUAACCGAUACUCAAGAUUGUCAAUAGCCUAACCAUUAUUCCUAAUUUUAUUCUUAUCUAAAUCAACAUUGCUUUUCAUGAUCUCAAACCUCCAUAUUCCAAAAAUAAGCAUUUAUUUUUAGAAAAAGUGUAUAUUCAUUGUUAUUUUAGGGUAAACAUAAGGUGGCCUAUAAGGUUUUUAAUUUGUUUUCUUCUAGGCUUACAUUUGUUUUGUAAAUUUUUGUCUGUCCCCUUGAUCAUAAAAAUGUGUGCAUUUAAAUUUAUUUUGUAAGUUGUAGCAAACUUCCAUGACCAAGAAGUCACUUAGGGUUCACUUAAGUAAGCGUUUGUAAUUCAAUUGUAUUUGUACAUUAUGCUCCUAAUCGUCCCAAGUUGAUGGACAUUUGCUUGCCAAGGUUCCAAGUUGUAGUGUAUACUUAUUAAAAUUUAAAAAAUUAGCCUAUAAAAAACUAUUUAAAAUUCAUAAACGUAAUUAUACUCUUACUUUCAACGUUCUCUUAAGACGUUCAGUGCUAAUAAUUAUAUUGAUUGUGACUCUAAAAUGUGAAAAAAUAAUAAUGUGAUAAUGAUGUCAGGGUAUCUAAAAUGAUUAAUCUAGAUGUCUCGGUGUCGAUUUUGGUUGAAAUUGGUGAAGUCACUUCAGUGGCGGGAAUUGCCGUCCUUAGGUACUGAUGCUGGGCCUUGUCCAACCUCCUAACUAUUUUUCAGCCCCACACGCUCUCAGUCACACAGGAAAUAUUUUUUUUAUAUUCAAUAGUUCUUAUUUACAUCAAUAUUUGUAUAAGAAAUAUAUUUACCCGAUGUUAAAGGCCAUCCCUUAAUCCGACCUCAAAACAAAUAAACUGACCAACUCAAAAGUGACAACCUUAACAAGUUACAUGGUUUUACAACGCAUCCAUUCUACUAACUCGCACAGGAACACUUCAAUGAUUAUACUUAAUUCUUUAGCAUAUAUUUGUGUGAGAAAGGAACUAUGGUUAGUGUUUAAUGUUGGUUAAAUUAAAUUGAUAUAUUCACAUGGUAGUUUGCUUAGUUCAGUUAUUUUUUCCAUAAGUUUUGCUUCUCUGAUAUGGAUUGUUUAGUGAAAACAUUAUUAAACUGAAUUAGUUUUAGUAGCUGUGAUAGCUUUCACCUUAACUAAAAUAGCACAAAUGAACACACAACAAAUAAAAAAUGAAACUACCCCAAUGUUUUACUUUUGGAAAUAUCAAUAAAUUUAUAUUUUAGCCGCUUAAAAAAAUAACCAAUCUACUGCACACACAAGAGUGUUUUAUAGUAAUUUUUUUUUGUUUAUUUCAACUAUUCCCUAAAAAGAAAGAACAACAUUUAUUUUUCCAUUGAGGAAGUGGUAUUUUUAUUUAUUAUUCUAGUAACCAAAAGUAUACGGAUACUAAUGGGUAACAAUAUGUACAUUCUAAUCUAGUGUAGGUUGUUGGAUGAAUUUUGUUUGUAUAUAUUGUAAGUUACAUGUCAAAUAUUGUAAAAAGAAAGGGUAGCUUUAGAAUUAUCUUGCUUUUUAUUUUCUCACUGAAACUAUGAAUGGUCAAUCCCCCAAUUUAGAGGCUGAUAGUAGCUUUGUAAAUUGUUUAAUUCUUAAAUGAUGAAUGGUAAGAGGUUUACUAAACUUUCAUGGAAAAAUCUGUCACAGUUCUUUUUUACAUGCAAUUUAAUUACUAAUACACGCAUGCUAUAUAGCCUUGACCAGUUCAGGGAAACAUUUUUGAUCUAUACAUACAAUUACUCAAUUCAUUUAGCUAUUUAUCGAGGCAUUAAGAGCAUAAAGUUUCUGUACAAAUUCCAUCUUUGGCAAAACAAUUUUUUUUUUACAACUAUGGAUCGAGAAUCAGCACUCUUUCAAUACUACUUACUUUUACUGUUUACUCUUGAAAUAAAAGUAUUAUUCCAUAACUCAAAGUUAGUAAGUGUGUAUACAUGUAAACAUAAAAUUAAAUGCCAGAUUUUCAGUUAUAAAUACCACUGAAAUUGGAUUAUCAAUAUUUGUAUAACACCAACAGUGUAGUGCCAAAGUAGCCUUACUAUUACUACUACUUGUAGUUAAGUCCUCUUUGUGUUGUUUGUUAUAGAGUAAGUUAAAUAUGUUUUUUGUUCUUGUAUUUGUUAUCUCUUGGAUAUUUUAUAGCGUUAUUGUAAUUGUAGUUUUCUCUGUUAGUAAAGUACUUGUUAACUA